AUGAAGAGCUAUCUCCCUCUCGAAUUGUGGAUAUUACUCGCUGAUCAGCGAUUACCAAAGAAGACUCUAUCCACCUUAUGUUUGACAUCCAAGACACUCAAUGAAGUUUUCAGACCUGCGCUUUACCGUGAGAUUGUUUUACCAGAAUUUGCAGAUGGGGUAAUUCAGUCAAACAAUGGAAAAUUAUGGGACAUCUCCCAACUUCCUUUUGAGACCCAUCUCCGUCACAUACGUCGAUUAGACUCUAGUUUUGUUGUCUGGCGUACCCGGGCUCUCCUUACCAGGUGUUUAGACAGAAUGUCAAAUCUAGAAAGCUGUUCCAUUAGCACGGUUCCUACCUUCGCAGCUUAUUUCCAUCUCAAUAAAAUCAGGGAUGUCUACAUCGAUCUAUGGAAGAAUACACGCGACUUUUCGAGUUUUCAUGGAUGGUCAAAUGUUCCAGAUUUCAGAAACCUGCAUAGUCUAGAUUUGAGGGGCCUGAAGGGUGACCUGAAUGUUCUAGGCACGAGUAUUGCCAAAAUUCUUUUUAACGAUGGUAUGCCUACCAUUACGGCACUCGGUCUCGAUUUAGAAGAACUUCAGGGAAGCGUAACCACAAAUAACUUAUUCUUGGAUAUUUUUGCAGUAUUCGACAGAAGUAGACGAGCCAUUGGAAAGCCAGAUCUACGACUGAACUUGCGAGAUCUCAUAUUGGGAAAAGGGAUGUACCAUCAGUCCGCUGGCAUGGACGAGCAAUACGACCGUAAACAGUGGCGAUUAUCAAAACUUUCAGAUGUAACGAAGCUUCGUACAUUACGACUAUUGAACGACCCAUGUUUUGAAGGAAAUUACUGGGAGCCAUAUGAAACCAUACAUUUGGAGUUGUUUGAUGGCAUCACUGCUCUCCAGAGAGUUUCUGUGGAAUUCGUGAGUCAAGAAGUUGUAAAAUUACUUCAUCACUUAAUCAUGAUGAAGGAUUCAUCGAAUCAAACAACCCUACGAGAGUUUCAAGCAACCCUCGACGGCACGGUUCAAUCGCGAAUACCUGGCUCUCCUAGCCUCUGUGAGGUUUUGUCUCAGAUUAUGCAAUUUGAGUGGCGUCAGCUAUUGAUAUCAGGCGAAGAAAGUUGUAUGGAGCGAAUUUACGAGGCUUCUUGGGAUGAGCCUUCAUAUCAGUGGGAGGAGCUGGGAAUUUCGUGGAUUAAUUGGGAUCAACAUCGCGAUGCACUUCUCCAGCUCUCAAAGCUUCGUAUUCUAAUGUUCUCUUACGCCACAGUGACUGUUAGUGGUAAGCGGUCACAAGUUACAACCUGUAAAGAGGAUGCGUUUAGUCUCGCUAAGAGGAUCUUUACUGCUUUCCAAGAACAUGCGAAGAAUCAGAGAAGGGAUUCAAACCUAAGAUAUGUUGGUAUUGAUGAAUGGGUUUUCACUUCUUUGUGGUUGCCCUUUUCAGAGCUCAAUGGUGCGCGCAAUGGAGCUGAGAUCGUGCAGCUGGAUAAGGAAGAAGCUAGAACGUUUCAUUUUAUGCGAAUGAAUGAAAAACUGGAGAUUGGGAAGUAUAGGUUGGGAAGAAGGUGGUAA